AUGCCGGUCCGGAUCAUGUGCACCAUCUCCUUCGCUGCCGACGACGAGCCCGCCGGUGGGUACGGUAAUGCCGGCUUCGACGACCACUACCGACGGGUGAAGAAGAGUUACAGUGACAGGGACUCGCAAGAAUACCUGGACGAGUGCAGCCGGGUGGACGAUGACGGCGGGGAGGGGGACGGCGACGACGUCCGCGAGGUGGACGACCUGGCCGCUUUCUUCGGCGGCUGCACGCUGCACGGCGCCAACCACGUGUUUGUGGAGGACAAGAAGUUCGGCGUCCGCCAGGGUCUGUGGGCGGUGGUCUUCACCAUGGCCCUGUCCGCUUUCUUGUUGCAGGUAGUCGACAGGGUCAUAUACUUUUACCAAUAUGACUACAUCACCAUGCUGGAUGAAAGAGUGGCCAACAAUAUGACAUUUCCGGCCGUCACCUUGUGCAACUACAACUUCGUCCGGAAGUCUCAGAUGAGCUACAGCGACCUGAUUUUCAUGGGCCCUCUGCUGGGCUUCGAAGAGGGCAUGGCGCCGGGGUUCCCGCUCGCCCCGGAGCCGGACCGCCUGCCGGGCUCUCGAUUCAGCAUGGACGAGUUCUACAACCGCACGCGUCACCGCAUGGAGGACAUGCUGCUGGAGUGCAACUUCAGGGGCUUGGAUUGCGGCCCAGAGAGCUUCAGAGAGAUAUUCACACGAUAUGGGAAGUGCUACACCUUUAAUUCAGGCCAAGACGGACGACCCCUCAUGGUAACGAUGAAGGGCGGGAUGGGCAACGGCCUGGAACUGAUGUUGGAUAUCCAGCAGGACGAGUACUUGCCUGUAUGGGGGGAGACUGACGAGACAUCGUUUGAAGCGGGGAUCAAAGUGCAGAUCCACACCCAGGACGAGCCGCCGUUCAUCGACCAGCUGGGCUUCGGAGUGGCGCCGGGGUUUCAGACCUUUGUGUCCUGUCAGGAGCAGCGGCUGACGUACCUGCCGCCGCCGUGGGGCGACUGCAAGGCCACGCCGAUGGACUCGGACUUCUUCAGCACUUACAGCAUCACGGCCUGCCGCAUCGACUGCGAGACGCGCUACCUGGUGGAGAACUGCAACUGCAGGAUGGUCCACAUGCCUGGAGACGCCCCAUACUGCACCCCGGAGCAGUACAAGGAGUGUGCCGAUCCUGCCUUGGACUUCCUUGUCGAGAGGGACAAUGACUACUGCGUCUGCGAGACGCCGUGCAACAUGACGCGCUUCGGCAAGGAGAUGUCCUUCGUCAAGAUACCCAGCAAAGCGUCGGCCAAGUACCUCGCAAAGAAAUUCAACAAGACAGAGCAGUACAUAGCUGAUAACAUUUUGGUUCUGGAUAUCUUCUUUGAAGCACUGAACUACGAAACCAUCGAACAAAAGAAAGCCUAUGAACUGGCAGGUCUUCUGGGUGAUAUCGGUGGUCAGAUGGGUCUCUUCAUCGGAGCCAGCCUCCUCACCAUUCUUGAACUCUUUGACUAUCUAUACGAGGUGAUCAAGUACAAGCUGUGCCGAUGCAUGAAGAAGAAACACAAAGGCCGGAACAACAAUGACCGGGGAGCCGUGCUGAGCCUGGACGACGUGAAACGCCAUGCUCCUUGCGAGAACCUGCGUACACCAUCAACGUAUCCCGGCAACAUGCUACCUCAUCACCCGGGUCAGGCCAACUUUGAGGACUUCACUUGCUGAGCGGACCCUGGGAGAGACAUCAAAGUGCGUGUUAUGCAACCAAAGCCAACCAUAUAACAAGAACUAUCCAGCACGGGGAGUGUGAACUGAUACAAAGUCGAACGGAGGCACUUUUUACAUGGAAACGGAGUAAAGUGGACAAUUCAAAUAUGACAAAGAACUGUCAAAGUGCAGAGGAUUUCCCCAAAUAUAAAAAUAUCUGUUAAUUUUUCCGGAGAGCAUUUCCCGCAGCACUGUAAACUCUUGUAUCUCUGUGUUUUUCUCUGGAAUACUGCCAAGAAGGACGCUCGCGCAGGACCCUCGUCAAACACGGAGCUCUCCUUGAAAAGACGAAAAAAAAACAAAUGUAAAAAAAUACGGAACAUGUACAGCUCUCUCUUACCACAGACAGCGGAUGAAAAAAAGAGCCCCCAUGCCUUUAUAUAACACAGCGACACGCGAUGGUUUCACACGACAACGGCCUGCUAGUGGUACAAAUAUUCACACUGCUUACUCCACUAUACAUGUAGCAACAUCUGUAACUGUUGCAGUGCUCCAUAUAUCAACAUCUGGAAUCGUUUGGACGAGAAUGUAUCUGUGUUCGGGGGGGUGCAGGGAAGUUUUUGAGGGGCUUUUGGUGGCAGCGGCGGUGGUAGAAGGGCAUCGUCUACCAUUUAAAAUGUACUGGUGAUGAUUCCCGGUCUCAUCGUGUAAAUGCAUGCUUGUAUAUGUCCAGUGCAUGAUUUUCAUUUCAACUUUAAUUUUGAUUUUUUUUUUAUAUAAAAACGUAUGUGUGUGUGUGUGUGUGUGUGUGUGUGUGUGUGUGUGUGUGUGUGUGUGUAUUCGCCUGCCAGCCUCACUGUGCAAUGAAUGAAUGAGCUGCACCUAAUUUCAUUUUUUCUCAUCCGUUUGCUUUUUCUAUUUUCACGUGUGGCCAACGAGCCGAGGAGUUCUCAUUCGACCUCCUUAAACUGUUCUCUCGACUGCAGGAUAAAGGCGAGGUACAUCUUUGGCUCUCGCAGAGAGUCGAUCUCUGAAAUCGUUUUGUUUGUUAGUUUUGUUGGGCUGUUAAAAAAAGAGUUUCUGUAUCUGUGUUCUAGUUGAAAAAGUCUUAUCAAAGCACAAUACCGCCAGUAUGUAGAGGUGAUGUAAAAGACAACGUACUAUUCUUCUUGAUAUAUUGUCAUAUUAAUAUCGUGUUGAUCGGACUGUUUUUCGGUUGUUUUUUUCUUUCUUUCAUAUAAAACACACUCGAUAUUGCCAGAUUGAUCCUAUCUCCAUCGUCCAGGUGAUAGGCUGGUUUAUUUAGUUAUCAAAGCAUAAAUAAAAUCUGAAUAUCAUUUUGGAAAUUGUUAUUCUUCUGCGGUUGUAUUCCUAUCAGUUAUUUGCCUCCAAAAACCUUCAUUUGUUGUGUGAUCAAGGAGGUAAACAGGCAGAGCAAAGCACUUUUAAACCCCAAAUACUGUGCAAUUUUGUAAUCAAACGUAACUCUCAGAAAGCCUGAUUAAGCAUUCUCCUCUCCAUCUCUGGCAUUUUGCUCUCCGCAUUUUCUAAUCAACAUGUUAUCUUGUGUUUCUACUUUUCCAACAUUUAAAUGGAAUUAAAUCAGCAUUACGGAUUCUGGGGGCAGGAGUCCGGUAUUAAAAUAGAUAUCACUUAUCUGCUUCAACCUUUCCUUUGGGCAGCAGGUUCAAGCCACAACGUUGGUCUUUUGGACCCCCACACUCUCGAGAUGUAAUUACAAUUCUAUGCUGCAGUCUGACAAAAAAAAAAAAAGAACGGAUGAGAAAUAUCCUGCACAGCCAAAACGAGUUUCAUCCAGACCGUCAAUCGGCCAGCAGCCGCACGUUGUGGACGCCCGCUCUCGUGUUGGACUGUGCAUCUGGGUGCUGCCACGCUUGUAUUAGAAAAGCAGCUCGGUGAUGCGUGACUGCGGGUCUAAGAGCCUGGUUAUGCGCCCUUAAACAUGGCCUGCCAUGAAAUCAUGUUUGUUGCUCAGCCGGCUGCACAACGGUCUACUGCUACCAAACAGCAGGGGGGGGGGACGGAAGAGGGGGGGGGUUAUUCUAGGAAAGCAGUUAACAUUAGUCUAAUGCUUUUUUCAUGACCUCGUUUGGUUGGGAAAAACCAAACAGCAACUUGGUUCAGCAAAUGCCAGCGUGCAUUCAUUUUUUAUCAUCCAGAGGAGUGAGGAUUAACGUACAGCCCUUUAAAGCUGCACGCAAACCAACUCCCACGUCUGAUCAAGAUCUCUCCGUUAUUGAAUGUCUGAAACAUCAUAUUGCCCCCCUGAUGGUUUCAUUAUUAUUUUUUUGGGUUGUAACUGCCGAGAAGACACAUUAAUCAAGAAUAAUAAAAGAUGAUGCUGUUUAUUU